GCCCUAGCAUGGAGGGUCCUAUCGCCACACGGAAUGUACCUCGUACGUCGAUGGUGCAAAUCAUGCAUGUUCUCUCACUGCUAUAAACACAGGACUCAAGCUCAGUGAAAGAAGGCACUCGCCCAAAACAAGGAGAAAAAAAGAAGAUGGGGGAAAGAGAAGGAAUGAAGAUUCCCGUGAUCAAUCUGCGAGGUUUCCUGUUACCAUUCGAGAAGCUGAGAGAAGCCGGCGAGGAGUGGGGGUGUUUCCGGGUGUUGAACCACGGGAUCUUGGAGGCGUUGAUGGGGGAGAUGAAGGCAGUGGUGAGGUCACUACUCGAUCUUCCCAUGGAGGCGAAGAAGAAGAACGAGGGCCAGGUGGUGGAAGGGAGUGGACACAAGGAGCCCACCAAGGCGAAUCCUCUGUACGAAUGUUGGGGGUUGGAUGACAUGGGCUCUGCUCAAGCUGUGGAUGUGUUCUGUUCCCAGUCGCUUGCUUCACCUCAUCAAAGAGAGAUAAUGAAGACCUAUUGUAAAGCAAUGCAUGAACUGGCCAUGGACAUGGCAGACAAGCUAAGCAGAUGCAUGGGACCGGGCAGCGGCCUUUUCGAGAAUUGGGCCUGCCAACUCUGGAUGAAUAAAUACAGCUUCAUCCCUGAAAGUGUUGGCUCUACUGGUGUACAACUGCACACGGAUGCGGGAUUCCUGACCAUUCUUCAAAACGGCAACGCGGUGAGUGGUCUCAAAUGAUGGAUAAGUCCGGUUCGUUUGUACCGAUUGAUCCUUGUUCAGGCACUUUUCUCAUCAUUCUCGGAGACAUGGCUGUG